UCAUGGGGCCUUUCACGAGGAACGAAGGAGUGCGGAGAGAAGGAAAUACAGAAACCAUCGGGCCCAUCGCCAACCCAAGCAGGAAUCGUGGGGGCGAUCUUGUGGAACAAAUGAGAGUGAAGGAGAAGGGAACAGAGCAACCGUGUGCCCCAAUGUCUUCGUCAUCCGCUCCCUCCGUCACCGCCACUUGCGACAUGAUGAUCAUUAGGGUGUUGAUGAAGAUGAUGAUGAUGCUGAUUUGCGAUGCAGACGAUGAUGAUGACGACAUGACGAUCAUCUGGGUGUUGAUGAAGAUGAUGAUGAUGCUGAUUGCGAUGCAGAUGCUGAUGAAGAUGAUGAUGAUGACGACGACGGUGGCGUUGUUGAUGACUGCGACGAUGUCGGUGAUGAUGAUGAUGAUGGUGUUGAUGAUGUCGUUGAUGAUGAUGAGGAUGAUGAUGAUGAUGAUGAUGAUGAUGAUGAUGAUGAUGGUGUUAUUGAUGAUGACAACGAUGAUGAUGAGGAUGAUGAUGAUGACGUUGAUGGUUAUUUAACGCAAAGAUGGAAUGUGGAAGCGCCGACAACUGGACCCCAGCAGCGGGCAGAAGGACGGGAAAGAGUUGGCGACGAGAGGGACGCCCGCAGACACGUGGCGCAACAGCAGAGCAGCAAAGGCGAUGGAGGACGUCGCCGAAGGAACGUCACGUGUGAAUGUGCUCGUUACGGCUGGAGAUGCGAAUGCGCUGCACCAGACCCCAGGCAGCGGAGCCCCGAACUGGUGCGUAAUGGAGGCGACCUUCUCGACACCACGAAUCUUUGAGUCGAUGUUCUCGACACCUCAGACCAUGAGUCUCGAGACGCACAUUCUCAUGGCAGAACCAUUCCGUCCUUGCGCGAGAUCCAUGCGGUAUUUUAACGGUGUGACUACGAUCCACGGAGCGACCACAGACGACUUUGAUGAGGACCCCUGGAUGACCGUCGUCCCGUGCAUGGGACUGCAUAUUGACGAGUGGUGCGAUGGGAAUUGGGCCACGAUGGAGAGUCGUUGUCCAUGGGCGAGCCAGUACAAGUUCGCCAACAUGUUGGAGUUCGGAAACCUCAUCCCGGUGUCUGACGCUGUCCUCGGACACAAGUUCCUGAACCAUAUGCGCAGAGCACUUGGCUGCAUUAGCCGCCAUUUCAGCCGCCUCGAGUGCCACUACGUCAGGUCGUCGCCACGAACUUGGGGAGGCUCGCGGAAACAAGAGUUGGUGGACUGCGCUCGUCACUGCUCGUUCCUGGAGCAGUACCUGCUCCAGUGCCUCGGGACUUCUCCACAAGCUCUGUCAUACUGUUGUGUGCGAUUGACUGUGUCGGGGACUGAUUACGCCAGAGUUCUAUGUAUCGCCGCUUCGAACAAGAGCAGGAACCUCGUCGACGCAGUUGUGCUUGUGUCACGGAACGAGGUGAUGAUUGAGGGGUCCAAAUUCGUGUGGACGCGUGGGCCUGCACGUCCAGAUGGUUGGCACGAUUUGGUGAUAGCAGGGCGGGUCCAAAACUUUUCGUUGCAUCGUGAGGUCGAGGAGAAAGUGUCCGACAUACGGGACUUUCAACAGCCGUGUGGUCCUGUAAUCUUCAUCGAAGCCAACAAGCGCCGCAGGGUUCUGGGGGCUGUCUUGCGGUGGGAGAAUGCGAAAGGCAGUCGUCGACGGUUCUACAUGAAAAAUGUGUACGGUUCCAAGGGGAACGUCGUCGCCGGUGCCAAGGGGGCGGUUCUCGACAUGUGUCUGUUCGAGGGGUUCGGAGCGGGUGCUGCGAGCACCCCGUUCUACAACGACCUCCGGCGGCAGGGCGGGUUUGUUUUGGGUCGAGAGUUCUUCGACUUGUUGGAUGAGAAGGGCAUCGCCCUCGACGUCCCUUGCGAAGUCGGCCCCGACCUGGAACUGUCAACGCCUUUGCAGCUGUGCGGCGGUUGUGAGUCGAGCGGGGCAGCGGGGGAGGGGGGGGAUCUGAGUUCCGACGAGGCUACACAUGUGCAGCGGGAGGAUGCCAGAGGUCAGUUUGACGACAGCGAAGAUGAGGCGACACCGCGUCCGCCGUUUUCGGCGUCGAGGGAAAGAGACCGGUCUGUGCUGUGCAUACUUGGGGUACGACAAGAGGUCGCAGCAGAUCCCGGAGAAGAGGCAGUCCAGUGUGGGUCCGACUUGGAGCCCGGCGUGGGCCAUGGCGCGGACGACAAGGCCGUGGGCGGUGAGAGAGCGCAGGGGACUCCCCCAAAAAGGAGGGGAGAUUGUCAAGAGGACGUGGUACGCACUUCGAAGAAACAGAAGACGAGGACCCCGAAGACUACGGGAGAAAAACGGAAGGGAAGGGGGGUGGAAGAGGACCACCCGGGUAGCAAACGUCCGGCUUCAAAACAGAAACAGCCUGUGUCAGGACCUUCCACGACAAGGUGUGCCAUCGACGUGGAUGCCAGGUACUUCCUGGAGUACAAGGACGGCAUCAGGACAAUGCGGGAGUUUGAGAUUAGCCCGGCUCAGAUCGUCGACCUCGGGGAGUGGAAGGAUCUUUACAACCAGCGAUCGCUGGAUCCUGUCCUCGUGGGAACGAUAAAAGAAGCAAUGCAGUAUGCGUUCGAAAAUAAAGAGCAGACGUACGAGUUGCUGAUCUUCAAGCUCACACCACUGGGGCUUCAAAAACCAACUCCCGGGACCAAGGCUCAACGUCUGAAGCCGGAGGAGUGGAAGGACGAGCUGGCCGGAGAAUACUACUACUACGCGGUGUGCGGGCAACAUAACGCGGCUGCAGCCCGGUCGCUGCUCGGGAGCGAGGUGGCCAAGAAAUUGCUAAGCCACGACGGAGCGAAGUGGAUCGUGAAAAAGAAGAAGGUAAAAAACGUCAAGCCUGGGGUCGCCUACAUCCACAACGACAAGUUGGGCAGAACUGAGGUGGUGUACAACAUCCCCGUGGACCCGCCGAAUAAGAAAGGCAAAAAGGAGAAAGAGGAGGGCGAUUGGUCUGUGCAAGUGCCCGACCCGGACGCGCAUUGUUGGAAAGCAAUGGAAUCACUCACGGACAAUGAAAAGUGUCGAGUUCUAAAGAAGGUGCUUGCUUGCGAGGUCGUUUGGGUCCAGGCCGGUUCCCCGUCGUUGGCGAAGUUGGGGAAGCUCAGCAUGCUGGACAUGGUGCAACUGGUGAAGUGCGACCGCGUGCUGGUCCGGUUGUGUAAUUACUACUUGUUCAAACACGAGAAGAGGCCGGACGCGGAUUGGAUCCAAAGGUACCCUUUCCUGAAAUCAAGGUCUGCAGUGUUCAGGAAGUUCGAAAGUCAGGGAUUGGAUAACGAGUUGUGGGAUAACACCAGGAAACACGUUUCAGACUCGGCGCUGUUCAAAGACUGCCCACCGUACAUGGGUUGCGACCAGGACAACUCGAUUGAGGUGACGGAGAAGUUGGCGGGACACAAGAAGUUGUCCGUCGACUGGAGAAACAAGGUUCUCUCCGUGUUGAAUGAGAGCAGACUGAAGAGCCGGGAGGUCGCACUUGCCGAAGGCACUGUUCACAUUAAAUGCAAAGACAUGGGAGACGUGACAUCCAUCGCGCCAUUCGCUAACGACCCUUUGGAGGCGGACAUGAGGGGCGCAGAGCUGAAGGAAGCAGUGGCUGCCACAAAGAGCCACACGUUCGUCCUCGAUCUGUGCGAGCCGGUUGACCUCAAACUGUGGAAGGCCCAAGAGUGGGAGGCAUUGGAUUCCUAUCUUCAGACGUGGUGUCCGUCGCAUUGGACUCUCGUUGUUUUCGUGCCGCGGCAGCACAACCUCCCGUUUCUCGCCAGCAUGCACCAUCUUUCUUUCGUCAAGCUGUUGGAAGGGAAGGGUGCCGCUGCUGCAGUGCGAUUGCCUCAGAGGGUCACCCAGACGGAUGUGUCUGAGAUUCUCUUUGUGCCUUGCGAUUGGUCGUGGGUGGCGCCGGAACGACAGGGCAGUGUCUACGGGGAUAUGGAACGCAAUCCGACACAAUUCGUCGGUCUACUUGAUUUCCUUGGGAAGAAGGGAGAGGGUGUCGUGUUCCUUGGGAAACCGCACGCACGAAGCGUCUGGGAUCUUCUGAAGGCCGGCCGGCACGUUGUCGCGAUGGAAGGGAACGCCGAGCUCUUGCAAUUCACGAUGCAGGUGGUGAAAAGCGAGGUUAAUUCGGGCGGACACAAUUGUGAGUUCAUGGUCAUGAAGCCUACACGGGAUAAGGUGUGGAGCAACAAGACGGAUAUGUGGUUCAAGAAGGACUCUGACGCCGAGUACGUCCGCCGGAAGGACCACAUGUUCGCACUGCUCGACAACUACCACUUCGCCUCCCGCAUGAACGCGAAGACGUUUCUCGAUAGGCUGCAGUCGCUGUACUUCGUGGAGUUUGAGGAGCAGUUGAAGUUAGCCAGUUACGCUUCCCUGAUCUCCACUGAUGACGAGGAAGCCACAGGUGUGGAGUUUGUCGCCAACGCGAAGGAGGAGGAGAGCGACACAGAGAGCAUUGAUCUGCAGUACGACCCACCUCCGGCGGACCACGGAAGAGGGUUGUCAUCGGCCAGUCCGUCAUCGAGCGUUGCAGUCCUUGUGUCACCGUCGGCCAAACCGCCACGGGGCACCACGCCGCUGAAGUUGAUGGAGAGACUCAGAGCUCUAGCCGUCCCCCCGACCGCCUUGCGUCCUGGGUCCGACAUCCCGCCCGAUCAUCCAUCUUGGCAGGAUGACCACAUCCACUUCCUGCGUGAGCCACAACGUCAUUCGCCUGAGCUGGAAUGGGGCCAUGACAUGGUGUGGCAUCCGGGAGUCAUCCAGCCAGCGAUACGAAAGGGCGAGUGGGUCAUGGCCGUCGCAAUCCCGGGCGCGGGAUGGGCGUCAUUCCCGCACGAGUCGAAUCACUCCUGCGGAAAGUUGAAGUCUGCCGGGAUCCGAACUACGUCCGUUGAGGAGCCCCCAGAGCGGUCCGGAAUGCAAAGCCGCUCGAGGUCGGGGGAGCCAAGCAAGGAUCUCGAAAUUGGCAGCAUUGCGGCGCGAGACAGAAACGUGGAAAAGGUGUCGCCUGAGCAGGAGCGACGACCGCAAGGAUUGCAGCGAGAGGCUGCAGGUACAGGGUCCGGCGACACAGAGACGACGAAGUCCGCCGAGAUCCGAACUUCUUCGGGCGGGGGGUGUCGGCCAGGGAUUGUCGUGCCGUUGAGAGGGGCACCGUGCACGGAGACAGAAGGGCAGUCCUCGGGAUUCAGCACGGGUACCGCGGAAGGGGAUGAGUUUCGUGGAAGGGAAGUAGGGGAGAAAAUGGAGGAACGGAGGGGAGCGCUAGAAGGGGAGGAAGAAGGGGAGGAAGAAGGAGACGAAGAGGAGGAAGGGGAGGAAGCGGGAGAAACGGAGGUACUUAAUUUGCUUGGAGGAAGGGAGGGUGCCGGAUCUGGAGAUGACGAGGUGGAGCACAGUGAGGACGAUGCCGGAUCUAGAGAGUCAUCUGACGAGUUCGGACAACUGUACAAAGAGCAUCACGAGGAUGAUGUCGACGAUGAUGCAACGGCAAUAGAGAUGGAAACACAGGUCGUUAGCAGCCUUUCCGGACAGCCUGAAGAUUAUGAGGUCCGACCACUAACGUCUGCUGUCGACUUGCAACACCGCUUCAACGAGGCAUCCGUCGCUAUCAGCCCGUCUAUAACAAGUCGGCAUAUAAGCAUCGACAAAGUUAUCGACGGUAUUCUCGGCGACCACAACGUGUCUGCCCGUUCGUCCACAACUCCUGACAUCGACGAAACUGGCAACGUCACGUCUCCCGUUGCAGCUGCCUUCGCUUCGUCGCCGCCGAAGUCCCUAGUCCUGUCGGACACCCUUGCCACCGGAGAGGAAGGCGAGGUCGGGGGGACGACAACAUGUCACGUCCCCAAAAAAAUCGAGGGUCAGCGGUCAAGCUCUCGACGUGCUCGCUUUGCCCGCGCCAAAUUCCCCAUCGACGGAGCGGAGAGAGAAGCAGACUGGUAAGCCGUGAAGAACGCCACACUGCCUGCGCGUCCGGAUGUCAUCGGAUUA